GCUUCAUGUUGCUCAGCACCACUGAUGCUCAGUCAAAGCUGACCUCAGAGCAGAACGCCAUCAGCCCUUCCUCCGGCACGUACAGCCACUUUGACCGGGCCACGAAGAGUGAACUGAUUUGUGACAAAUGUCCCGCAGGGACCUACGUGUCUAAACACUGUACCAACACAACCUUAAGGGAGUGUAGCGGCUGCCUCCGCGGGACUUUCACGAAGCACAAAAAUGGGAUUGAGAGAUGCCACCCCUGCAAGAAGCCUUGCAAGCGGCCGACGGUCGAGAGAACGCCUUGCACGGCUUGGACCGACCGCGAAUGCUCCUGCCCGCCCGGCCGCUUCCUCGCCAACGACACCUGUAACCUUUAUUCCGAGUGCCCCGUCGGCUGGGGCCUGAAAAAGAAAGGGACUGACACGGAAGAUGUCAGGUGCAAGCCGUGCCCUCCCGGCACGUUCUCUGAUGUGCCUUCUAGCGUCCUGAGAUGCAGAGCCUUCACGGACUGUUCCAAAAAGAGCAUGGUGGUAACGAAGCCGGGGACAAGGGAGAUGGACAAUGUCUGUGGCCUUCCGCCCUCUCUCCUGAAUGCUGCUGGGCUCUCCUCCCGUCCAGAAGAGGAGAAGGAGCGUCACGAAGCGGCUUCUACUACUUCUCUUCCCAAAGGUGUGGAUUUUUCAGCUUCCAACUUCUCUGCCACUCACACGCCAAACCUGUACAUUGACACGGUGGAGCUCACGGGGCCAAGUAAUGAAACGUCAAAGAACGAGUCCGUAGUUGGGAACGCGACAUCUCCGGAGCAUCCACAGCCCAUGAAUCACCAGCAGAUCCAUUACCACAAGCACGCCACGUCCAUCCUAAAACUGCAGCCAGCUCUGGAAAUGAGUGGCAGUGUGAAAUCCAGCAUUCCUUACAAGCCCCCCAAAAGGGGACCUCCGCGUCAGGCCGCCCACAAGCACUUUGAUAUCAACGAACACUUGCCGUGGAUGAUUGUGCUGCUGCUGCUGCUCGUGCUGGUGGUGAUCGUGGUCUGCAGCGUCCGGAAAAGUUCGCGGACUCUGAAGAAGGGACCCAGGCAGGAUCCCAGCCUCAUUGUGGAGAAGUCCGUGGUGAAGAAAUCUUCUGUGCCGGCCCCGAGCAGGGAGAAGUGGAUCUACAAUUGCAAUGGGCAUGGGAUUGACAUUCUGAAGCUGGUUGCGGCCCAAGUGGGAAGCCAGUGGAAGGACAUUUACCAGUUCCUGUGCAACGCCAGCGAACGAGAGAUGGCCGCCUUCACUAACGGCUACUCGGCGGACCACGAAAGAGCCUACGCGGCGCUGCAGCACUGGACCAUCCGAGGUCCCGAAGCCAGCCUCGCUCAGCUGAUCAGUGCUCUCCGCCAGCACAGGCGCACCGAUGUGGUGGAGAAGAUAAGGGGCUUGAUGGAAGAUACGGCGCAGCUGGAAGCUGACAAGCUGACCCUUCCGGUCAGUCCCGGUCCUCUCAGCCCCACUCCCUCCCCAAAUCCAAACCCAGACGCGACGAUCAUCCCCAUGGAACCAUCUCCCUUGGAGAAGAAUAAGUGCUUCUUCGUGGAUGAGUCGGAACCUCUUCUGCGCUGUGACUCGACCUCCAGCGGCUCCUCUGCUCUUAGCCGAACUGGCUCCUUCAUUACCAAAGAAAAGAAAGACACGGUGUUGCGCCAGGUGCGCCUAGACCCCUGCGACCUGCAGCCCAUCUUUGACGACAUGCUUCACAUUCUGAACCCAGAGGAGCUUCAUGCCAUCGACGAGAUUCCACAGGCGGAGGAUAAGCUGGACAGGUUGUUUGAGAUCGCCGGUGUCAAAAGCCAGGAAGCCAGCCAGACUCUGCUGGAUUCAGUCUAUAGUCACCUGCCCGAUCUGCUCUAGACUUCUCGGUCACCACCAAA